AUGCGAUCCGUAUCAGCCUUGCUCGCUCUCCCGGCCUCUCUAAUCGUGCUCCUCUCCCAAGCUUCAGCCGAACCCGCCGCGCCCACAGCCUUGAAGAAGCUCCCGCCAAACUCCAACCACAAGAUCCUCCGCGAGCACCUCGCAUUUGCGCCGCUGCACAUCCUCUCCCCGCGAGAAGCCGCCGCCGCCGCGGUGUCAUUCCUGGAUGAGCAGGACGACGAGUUCCUGGCGCUCAACGGCACCGAGCGGCGCUUCCGGCCGGCGUUUGCGCCUCACCGCGAUGAGGCACGGGAUGGCGUUCUGCGCCGGGCAGCCGAAGCCCUGGCUCUGCUGCAGAGGCGGUCCUCUUGUCCAGAGGGCAUGAACAGUUGCUCCGACAUUGCCUCCGAGGUCAAAUGCUGUCAGGAGGGGACAUACUGCGUCGACGUGGGGGAUGCUGUGGCGGGAGGUGUAGCAUGCUGUCCCAACGGGGCUUCCUGCGGCGGAGGAGUCGGCGCUUGUCCUUCCGGUGCUACGAGUUGUUCAGAGGAGCUGGGUGGUGGAUGCUGUAUUCCAGGUUAUGUUUGUGAAGGGCUUGGAUGCGUCCCCAGUGCUUCUGCAACACGAACGAGUACCGCCGUCCAGAGCUCUACCCAAACGAACUCGCCGAUAACGAUCACGACUACUCGGACGACCAUCAUCGAAGGCAACCCUUCCACUGUCGUCGUCACCUUGACCGUCACCGAGAGGCCCUCGGCAGAGCCCACCACACAAACAACCACCGAAGUCGUAACGGCUUCAGAAGAAGAGACAACAACUGAAGCCGAAGAAACGACCGAGUCUGAAGAAGAGACCACGACCACGACCCGGAGCAGAACAACAGCCACGGGCUCCAUCACCGGCGCCCCGCCCUACCGUCCAACAGGCACAACCGUCACCGACACCUCGGAGACUGGCGACACCCAGACGGGCUGUCCGACCGGCUUUUACGGCUGUCUCGCCACCCACGGCGGAGGCUGCUGCCGCACCGACCGGGACUGCGAUGUGCACGACUGCCCGGCCCCGUCGACAACCAUCGUUUCGGACGGCGUAACUGUUGUGAUCCUCGCGACCGAUGCGCCCCCGGCGCCGGGCCCCACGUCAACCUGCGCAGACGGCUGGUUCCUCUGCGGUGCGAGCGCCGGCCCCGUAGCAGGAUGCUGCCCGACUGGAUACGACUGCGGAACGGCCAGCUGCUUUACUGUGCAGGCGAGUCAGACUGGAAGCGUGCAGAAGGAGUUCCCUAAGGCAGAUGUGAGUGUUCGUGAGAAGCCGGCCAUGAUGCUGGCGGGUCUCGCAGCGGCCUUUGUGUGCUUUGCCCUCGUGUAA